AUGGAUUACAGGAGACACUCAACACUGACAUCGAAACCUAGUGCCCUUGCCGGGAAGAACUGCAAGUGCCAAGAUCCUUCCGGAACUGGUCCUCAGUGGAAGGACCUGACCAAGAAGGUCUGUGGAGAACAACUCUCAGGCGAGAGCAUGAUUUGCCAGGCAAAUAAGAAGUACCACGGAGACCAGCACCACCAGUGCUCGAGCUCUCUGGGAUGUAUUGACGGUGGAGCUUUCAACAACUGUUGCAAGCAGCUUGGAGUAACUGGAGCUUACUGCUGGAACUAA